AACCGCCCGCCAUUAUCACCUCGUUUAUAUGAACAGCACUUCAUGGAAUGCAGCAUUAGAGCCAUUGAGAGCUACAGCAUGGAUAUAAAUGGGGUCUGAUCUUCUCAGUGUUCAGUGUUCAGUGUGGUGUGGACCAGGAGCUCAUCAUGACUAACAGAGAGAACGGAGGACUCAGCGGAGCGCGCGCAGAAAGGUCAAGUGCUCCGAGAAGGAGUUACAAAAGAUAUAUUUCAGGAACUUAUAUCGGACUUGUUGCUUAUGCCAUUCAAGACUCACCAGACAAGAUGCUCACAUUCAAACAGAUAAUGAAAAGGCUGGAACCAUUUGUCCUCGGAGACAAAAAAUGCGUUGAGAACAACAUCAGAGUCUGCCUUUCAUCAAAUAGGUGUUUUGUAAAGGUGCCAGUCGAUCCGAAUUAUCCAAACCCUAAAAAGAACUUCUGGAAAGUGGAUGAAAAUGGCAUUACUCCAAAAAUGUUUCGCCGACAUUUUAAAUAUCUAAUCAAUAUAUUGCCUGGCCUGUCGAUUCAGACACAGCAGGUGGAGGAGUGUGAAGACAACUCUUAUGCUCCUAAGCCUCUUAUUCCAGCCGGCAAGGUCACAGAAAACAAAAGUGAGAGCAAAUUUACAGGCCCCUUUUCCAUAGAAUCACUAUUGAAGAGCGAGCAUGAUGUGAAGCGUUUGGAGGAUCAUCAACACUACACAGACACACAGCAAGGAACAAACAAGAGAAAACACAUUUAUAAAUAUGAAGCUGUGAGGUAUUAUUACCCAGUUUCAGCAGUAGGAUGUGAACUGGCCCCAGCGAAAAGACCUCGUCUAUCUUCAGGACCUCAGUUCGGACAGUUUCCUCCUCCACAUGUCACAUAUGAUCCACGAGUUCUCUUCAGCUCUCCUUCAGUGUAUGAUAUUAGAUAUUUCAGGUGGUAAACAGUUAGAAUGACCACAUGUAAAUAUGAUGUAAUCGCACUUUAUUUUUGUUGGUGUUUUUU